AUGACUGAGCAUAGCAAAUAUACCAUGCUUACUGAAGUUCAUAUAAGCAUCCUGGGACUGAUCUCUGAACCUUGGUCUGUAGCUCUUCCUAAACCCGCCAACGUGAGUGAUGCUGCAGAAGGCGCUGACGGUAUCCUGGCUGGACUGACCGAGGGCAAGGUGUGGAUAGACCACUCCACCACCGAUUCUGGCCAGACCAAGAGAUACAGUGUGGAGGCGCAGAAGGCUGGAGCCCACGUACUGGAGGCGCCCAUCACAGGAGGACUGGAGGCGUUGAAGAAGGGGCAGAUGGUGGUACAUAUUGGUGGGGAGAAGACUGUGUCUGACGCCAUGGAACCCUUGCUAAAGGCCUCAUACAGCGAGGUCUUCUAUGUUGGCGAGAUCGGGUCGGCUAUGUUGGUGAAGGUGGUUUCCAACAUGCUGGCCUGUGUCCAUGCUAUAGCCAUGGGCGAGGUCCUCCUUCUCGCUAAACGAGCCAAUUUGGACUUGAAAACCUUCUGGGAGGGCAUCCGUCUGAGUGCAGGCAACAGCUUCGUGUGGGAGACCGGACCACCUCUGAUCUUCCAGGGUUCCUACCACCCAGGCUUCACCAUGGCUCUCCAGAACAAGGAUCUCCAACUCGGAUACGACAUGGCUAGGAAGUACAAGGUACCAAUGGAGAUUAACCACACAGCGCUGGCCAUCUACUGGAGAACUCAGUAUCAGUUUGGUGAGGAGGCUGGUUGCUACUCUCCCCCCAGGACCCAUGAACUGGCCCUAGGGGAGACCCUCAGCAUCCCUGGCUUCGAGAACUGGAGCUACAACAACGAAGUCUUCAAGGGCUCGCUUGUAGUCUCCCACGAAGGCAUAAAGAAGAAAAGCAGCUAGGGAGGUUUUCAGCUUUUAUAAUCACCAUGAAGCAGUAUAACCCGAAGUGUUCUGCAUAACCAUACCACAGGUGGGGUUUGAACUCUCUGACCGCGGCUUCAAACCCCACCCGUGGUAUGGUUUUUUUGCAAUCGUGUCAUUACGAUUUCGUGAGUCAACCAUUGGCUAUCUGCACACGCAACCAACUGUCACCCACCUCUGUAAACAUUGUAUCAUGUACAAAUAAAUCUUUGACAGUG